AUGACGGAUGAAACGCCUGAGGAUAAAUGGCCUUUACCUGCCAAACAGGUACACCAUAUGGAAGUCUCCAAAACCCCAGAGCUACCUGUGCCUGCAGUUGUGUGGCGAAUCUUCUUGAUCUUGUCGGUUUUUCUCUACUCGUCCUUCACUAUUCUGGUUCACCUCUGCGAAGUGGAUGGCCAUCUGUCGUUUCGUACCACAGCUGUUGUUCUGCUUACCGAAUCGCUCAAAUUCGUCUUGUCAGUCUGCUUGUUUUCAAUCUCUCGCCGUCCUUAUGGGCAACCAAACAAUCAUCGCCGAAGUCUUCUAACAGACAUUCAACUGGAGUUGCAGCAAUACAGUCAUCAAACUCCAACACCCGGUCAACUUCCGUCCGUUGACACUCUGGCUCCGCUGCCUUUCAGUCCUCAUCAUUUGCUGGUUAUCGUAUUACCAUUUACCGUUCCCGCAGUGCUGUACGCAGUGAACAAUAACUUGGGAAUGUAUCUACAACUGGAGAUGGAUCCGGCGACAUAUCAGGUGCUGGGGAAUUUCAAAAUUCUCAGCACAGCCACUUUGUUUCGUCUAAUUAUUAAACGGCCAAUCAGCACAAUUCAGUGGUUCUCGCUGCUACUGCUUCUGAUUGCUGGAUUUGCCCACAGCUACGCUAACCUUUUCACAAAGAAUUCCUUCGUUUCAAGCACAUUCGUUGAUGUUGUCCACACCAUGCAUAUCACCACACUGGGAAUCAUCCUGAUCUCCAUCUACUGCACUAUUUCCGGUCUGUCAGGUGUUUACACUGAAUAUGUGAUGAAACAGCGAGCUCAGAUGAACAUUCACUUGCAGAAUGCCUUGCUAUAUAUCUUUGGGGUACUCGUCAACACAGUCAUGUACUUCUACGAUGUGCAUCGAGCUUACGAGAGUGAUUUCUGGAAUUUGACGAAGGGUUUCUCCAUUUGGACUUGGUUACUUAUCGUCACACAGGCCAUCUGUGGCAUAUUUAUGGGAUUUGUGAUGAAAUUUGCAACAAACAUCACUCGCUUGUUCAUAAUCUCCUCCGCAAUGAUAGUCACCACAUUUAUGGCCAUGUUGGUUUUCGGGCUACGGUUAGACGCACUGUAUAUUGUUUCCUUCUUGUUAGUUACUCUGGCAUUGUAUCUCUAUCAUCGAUAGUCUUUCAAUAGACUUAUAACUUUGACGCAGCCUGUCUGCUUUAUACACACAUUCUUGUUUAUGACAUUUAUCUUGACUUGUUUCAAGUCGUAACUUGCUUUGUUUUUUUUAUAUUUUAUACCGGAAUAUGAUGCCAAAGAUGAAAUAUAGCUCGUUACGUUAAACGAA